AUGUUACGGAACUUCGAGUUCGUCAUGACAUACAUUCUCUUGCCGACCAUCUCGGUGUUCGGCGUCGUCGGCAACGUCAUGAGCAUGCUCGUGCUGCUCAAGCACGGGCUCCACAAGUGCUCCAACAUCCUCAUCUUCGCCCUGGCCGUGGCGGACCUGCUCUACCUGGUCGGCACUAACAACAUCGCCCUACAGAUUUACACCAGUGGGCCGAGCUUAGGGUUCUUCUACCCAGAGAGGGUUGCCGAGUUCUUGUUUGUGAUGUACCAUUUCGAAAUAGCGAUGGAGUCCGUGGGAAAAGUUGUGUCGUUGAUACUGCCGAGCUGCAUCACGUUCGAGCGUCUGCUCGCCGUGUUUUUCCCGCUUCAUUUCUCGAGGAUAUUAACGCCGCUGAGGAUUUGGGUGACCGUGGGGGUGCUGUACGUCUUCGGCGUGUCCGCCUAUGUCCAGUACCAGCUAAGAUUCAGACUCGUUUACGAGGUUGAUCCAUCGACCAACAGGAGCGUCGGGAUGAUUGCGGACUCGGAGAUCAUCAGCCAACACGCCCAGUACUACGUCAUCUUCAGACAGGCCUACAUAUUCAUCUACGGGCCAUUCCCGGUCGGAUUCUCGCUCGUCGGUUGUUUGUUGAUUGGUUUCAAAAUUAGGUUUCACGAAAAAAAACGCAAAACUUUAAUGAAUGUUAAAAACACUUUUGUAAAGGAGGUCAUUUGUGAGGUGCGUGAAAAUAAGCUAUCGUCUUUGAUUGCAAGAUUUAAAAAACAUAUUUUAGGUAGAAAUCAAGGAUUAGACGAUUCAACGGAAAAACCUGCUCAUGUUAUGAGAAGAAAAUCGCGUAACUCUAUAGAGGUGUCGGACAGUACAAUAGAGUACAAAUCACAAUCAGGGGAAGUAUGUUUUCCUUUAGAGUACGCAUCACAUUCUCCGGAAAAGCUCUUGGCAUCUGACGGAACGGCAUGUCAUCCGUCAAAAAACUUGCCCGCGGCAGCACUGUCAAAUCGCAACUCUUCAGAUUCUGACGAAAUGCCGCUAAGAAAAAUCACCGCGAAACACUCCCCAGGUCAUCGGGAGAGGAAAUCCUUCGAAGGAACCAGUACCGCCCAAAGCCGUGGCGGGAAGUCGGCGUCCGGCAGCAGCAUGAAACGGACGACGAGAACCCUGCUGACGGUCUGCAUCGUGUACACCAUCAUCGGGCUGUUCAACUUCGUGGCUCUGGUGUACAUCAAGUACUGCGACUGUGUCCAGGUCAACACGAGCAUGGUGGUGGAGCUGAUCCGCAAGUUAGGCCUCAGCGUCAACAGCUCCUGCAACUUCAUCAUCUACGUCGGCCUCAACAGGAACUUCCGGGACACGUACAGGGAGAUUUUUUGCCGCUGCGCCAGGCGGUGA